CCGAAACCACUAAAUUCAUCUUCUAAUGUUUCAGAUGUCCCAACUUUCAUCUUUUAACGAGUCAAAAGGAAAAAGAAAGGAUUAUGUUGUAUGAUCAGAUGAAGUUCUCGAAUCUGUUGAUCGGAUAAAAAGAACUUCAGUCAUUGUCAGUGAAUGCUUCGCCGAUCCUUCCUCUCCUUCAAAGCUUGACUAUGUCAACUAUUGCCAGCUGGGUUUGGGCCAAUCUUAUUUUUCAAUUCCGGUGAUUUUGACCUCAGGAUUCUCAUUUUCUCUGUUUCCCUGAGACUUUCUCGCCCAGAUAUCAUUCUUUUUCAUUUUAAGUAUUCAAAUUCAGUGUUGUAACUUUCCUGUGAUUGUGCUUGUACAAGGAUUUUCAGCCUCUUCUAUAAUAUAUAUAUAUAUAUAUUUCUUCUUUUUUGCUUUUUCUACAUGGUCUUCUUUCACAUUUUGUUGGUAAGCUGACCUCCGGACGCCGUGUGAGGACUUCUCCUCUUGUUUCUGCUUUUGGGGUCUUUCUAUUUUCUGGGUUUCUUCUUGUAGAUUCUCAAGAAUUGGGAUUUUCCAUCCGCAGACAAGGGGGGUGAAACCAAUUUCUGAUACCAGAUUAGGAAACUCUGAGUUCACUGAUGAUGAUUCGAUAUUAUUCCCUUGUUCUACAUCUGGAUUUGUAGUGGUUGUUUAUGUGGCCUUUGUCGGAGGCUAUGAAGUGUUUCCAUUUCUCCACUGGACAGAAGAAGGAAGAACAGAAGAAGGAUGAAACUAAGAACACAAAGUCCAUGUCAGUUCAGUCCUCAAACUCUACAUUUACUGAGUUUGAGAUGAAGGGCUCCAGCUCUGAGUUCAAUUCCCAAAAUGCAUCAGACAUGAGUGCAGAUUCCGUGGUGAGGAGCACUUUCCCGACCUUGUCUCAGAGGCCCAGCAAUCUCUCAGUGUUCACAGUUUCCGAGCUUAAGGCGGCCACGAAGAACUUCAGCCGCACUGUCAAAAUCGGAGAAGGCGGCUUCGGUUGUGUUUAUAAGGGUGUCAUCAAGAGCUCUGAAAAUCCAGAGGACAAACUUGAUGUUGCUGUGAAACAGCUAGGAAGACGCGGACUGCAGGGGCACAAGGAAUGGGUUGCAGAAGUAAACGUUCUUGGGGUGGUUGAGCAUCCAAAUCUUGUCAAACUGCUGGGUUACUGCGCUGAAGAUGACGAAAGGGGCAUGCAGCGGCUCCUGGUUUACGAAUAUAUGCCCAAUGGAAGUGUUGAGAGCCAUCUGUCCGCUCGAUCAUCGACACCUCUUCCGUGGGCCCAGAGGCUGAAAAUAGCUCAAGAUGCUGCUCGUGGCUUAGCAUAUCUGCAUGAAGGAAUGGAAUUCCAGAUAAUCUUCAGAGAUUUUAAAUCGUCAAACAUCCUGCUGGAUGACCAAUGGAACGCCAAGCUGUCAGAUUUUGGAUUGGCUAGAUUGGGCCCUGAAGAAGGACUAACCCAUGUUUCAACAGCGGUUGUAGGAACUUUCGGAUACGCAGCUCCUGAAUACGUUCAGACGGGGCAUCUAACAUACAAAAGUGAUGUAUGGAGCUAUGGGGUGUUCAUUUAUGAGCUCAUCACAGGUAGACGCCCAUUUGACCAAAACCGGCCCAAGCAUGAGCAGAAGCUAUUGGAUUGGAUAAGGCCAUACGUCUCAGAUUCAAAGAAGUUUCCACAGAUAUUGGAUCCUAGGAUUGACUGGACUGGCUCUCUCAAGUCGGUAAAAAAACUAGUUUCUAUUGCCAACCGGUGCUUGACCAGACAUGCUAAGUCGCGCCCAAAGAUGAGCGAGGUAUUGGCGAUGGUGAACCGGAUUGUUGACGCACCAGCAGAGAUGGGCAGUCCUCAACCGGCUGUAAGAACCUCCUCUGGGGAGACCAAAACAAAGGAGGCUAAGAGAAGGAUUAUGGACAACAGAAUGAAAGAAAGUAGUUGGCUUCUUCGGGCAUUGUCAUCUAAGCUUAUAAAGACAAAAUAAGUUUUUUGAGCUGAGGAAUUGGCUAGCUUUUCUGGUACACACAGAAGCUCAUGUGAUGUGAGAUAUAAACAGAACAAAAUCCAGUGAAUUUGUAUAUAGGUUUGAAUGCAAAUUGCACAAGACCAUGCAUGCUUUAUGCAAUAGAACUGCCUUUGUGCACUAAACUCGUUUGACUACUGAUGUGAGUAAGCAGACUUCCAUGCAAUUUUGCUUCAAUAAUUCAUUGUCUUGGUAGUGUGUUUUUGUAGUUGGGUAUUGUGUUUUAUACAUGAUGGAAAGCUUUUCUA